CCACGAACGAAUUACCCAUAUUCAUCCCUUUCCCGUAAACUUCAAGCCAUAUCAUAUAGCAUACGAGAAAGCACUAAUAAUUAAAGUAUUAUUAGACCCACGUUCAUUAGUGACACUGCUCCGUUUCAAAAUUUUCAAUCGCCGCGAACUCAAUGGAACCUCAAGUUCCGGCGACGGGCACCGCCGAGCCCUCACAAUCUCAACCACCGAAACCAUCCCCUCCUAUCCCUCCACCUUCCUCCUCAUCAACGCCUCCCAUCUCAGCCCCAAACCCAAACCCUAGCCCAGGCCCAAGCCCAGGCCCAAGCCCUGGCCCAGGCCCAGGCCCAGGCCCAGGCCCGAUUCAAACCCCGAACCCCAAGCCCCCCACCCCCACGCCCACGCCCACGCCUCCCCAACCUCGCCCUCAGCCCUCAUUCAACCGCACUUUGCCUCCGUCGCAGCCGACAUCGCAGCCGCAUUUCCCGCACUUCUCGUCGCUCCCGCCUUCCUCCGCUCCUCCACCGUCCUCCGCUCCCGGCGCCGCCGCGGCGCCGAGGGGCGGCAUGGCAAUCGGUGUGCCGGCGCACCACCAGAACCCCUCUCCUCCGUUUUCAUCCUCCUUCGGUCAACAUUUUGGUGGGCUGGGCCGAACCGGAGUCAACGUCGCUGAAUCUACCUCCAGUUCAAGCACCUCUCAAGUGAGAACUCCCGCGCAAGGAAUGGGGAUGUUAGGGUCUCAAAUGCGGCCAAGUGGAAUCCCUGCACAUCAACAGAGACCCGUGCAAUCGUCUCUUAGACCUCCAUCCUCUGCCCCGAAUAAUCAACCUGCUGGUUCACAAAGCUUCCAAGGGCAUGGACUUAUGAGACCCUCGUCAGUUGGCUCGCCUGCUACUCCAUCUCCGAGUGCAUCACAAAGUGUGCAGUCACUUAAUCAGCCAUGGUUGUCAUCUGGGCCACAAGGGAAGCCUCCUUUGCCAUCCACGGCUUAUAGGCAGCAAUUGAACCCACAAUCCAUGCAGCAAAGAUCACAUAUUCCUCCUCAGCAGCAAUCCACACCAACAUCUUCACAGCAGCAGCAGCAGCAACAACAAUCUUUGCUGUCUAAUCAAUCACAGGAGCAUUUUGGGCAACAAGUUCCGCCAUCCAGGGGUCUACAUGUGCCUCACCAGCAACAGGUUACGAGGCUACAGGGGCCAGGAAAUCAGAAACCUUCAUCUCUUGCGGCAGCACAGUCUAGUGCAGUUCAACCAGGGAUUCAAAAUAGAUUAACAAAUGUUGACAGCGAUGAAUCUUGUAAUAGUAUUCUCAGCAAAAGAAGUAUCCAUGAGCUAGUCAAUCAGGUUGAUCCAUUGGAGAAGUUGGACCCUGAAGUUGCAGACAUUCUUGUGGAUAUUGCAGAAAACUUUCUGGAGUCUAUAACCAGGUCUGGUUGUUCAUUGGCCAAGCAUAGGAAAUCAACAACUUUGGAAGCGAAGGACAUACUUCUCCAUCUUGAGAAAAAUUGGAAUAUGUCACUUCCUGGGUUUGGCGGGGAUGAGAUUAAGAGCUACAGAAGACAAAUUACAAGUGAUAUUCACAAGGAGCGUCUAGCAGUUAUAAAGAAAUCAAUGGCAGCAACUGAGGCAACACAUGCUAAGGGCUCUGCUGGCCAGGCAUCUGGCACUGCCAAGGGUAGUCAGGCAAAGGCACCUUUGAAUAUCAUUGGCUCGCCGAACCUAAAAAAUUCAUAGGAUGCAUGCUGUGUUCAUGCUUUACACAGCAACGGAGGAACCACUUUGGUGAAGUUAAUUGAAUUUUGUAAUAGAUCAAAUCGGUAUUCCUGUUUAAAAUUUUCCACUGUAAACAUAAGUUGCAUCUAUAUUUCUCAUUCAUCAGUCCACAUGAAUUGAAUGCCUAGAAAUGCUUUAAAGUGGUUUCACACUUGGCACCAUAUUGUGGCAUGGAGUGAUGCGUUUAUUUCUUUGACCCUGAUUCCUGACUAUUACGAUAGAAGUUCACAACUUCGAUUGACUGUCUAUAUGGAAAACCAAACAUGUUGAUCGAUGGUCCUGAUAAAUGUUUAAAUAUGCUUGUUAUGUUCUCAUGAUGUUGUAACUAGGAGCCUGAUUGGUACUUUUAGUUUAUGCUAGACUUAAACCACAAUUUCGCAAGUGAUCAGCGGAAGCUCCCACCUUUUUCCAGUCAAACUUGUUCAACUUAAUGUUAAGAGGGCUAUUCGACUUGAUCCGUUUUCCUGGUCAAACUUGUUAUUUUCAUGUGCACACAAGUUGGUUUUCCGUUUGGUGUGGAACAUAACUUGCUAAGUUUUGUGCAUGUCUGUUGUUCUUAGGAAGAAUGUGGUUCUUUUCAGGCUGUUUCUAAGCAUUCCAUUAGCAGAACUUGAGCAAUGGUCUGAAUGUAAAAGCGUUGCAGAAAGCCAGGUAUGGGGAAUCAAGAUUCAUAUGAAUAGUCAAUAGUCUAAUAUCUGAAAACCGAAAAGAAAGAAGAUUUGGCUUCAGCUACGUCGUUUUUUUGUACUGAUAAUAGUAAGAAAGUCAGUGGUUAGGUAGGCUGAUUCAUUUUCAUUAUUAUGAUUGAUAUUUUAAUUUGUACGCAAACAGUAUCCUGAAAUAUACAUGCAAUUACGUUUCUUGUAAGGUAGACUUCCGAGUUUCAACAGCUGCAGAAAUCCCAUGGAGUUCCGUGGCUCAAUGAUUUUGGUUUAAUGUGGAUAUUAUAUAAUCUA